CCUGGAGAGAAUGACACAUUGGUUUCAUAGGAACCCAUUAAAAGCCACAGCUCCUGUCCCUUUUAACUAUUAUGGCGUAGUCACUGGCCCUGCUGCUUCAAAAAUCUGCAGUGACUUGAGAUCAUCUAGAGCACGACUACUUGAAUUGUUCACUGAUUUGAACUGUAAUCCACAAAUGAUGAAGAAUGCAGCAGAUUCAUACUUUUCACUUUUACAAGGUUUUAUUAACUCAUUGGAUGAAUCUACCCAAGAAAGCAAGUUACGAUAUAUUCAAAAUUUCAAGUGGACUGAUACAUUACAGGCACAGGUUCCAAGUGCCCAGCAGGAUGCAGUUUUUGAAUUACUUUCCAUGGGAUUUAAUGUAGCUUUAUGGUAUACCAAAUAUGCUUCAAGACUGGCUGGAAAAGAAAACAUAACAGAGGAUGAAGCAAAAGAAGUCCAUCGAAGCUUAAAAAUUGCAGCUGGGAUUUUUAAACAUUUAAAGGAAAGUCAUAUUCCAAAAUUAAUUACACCUGCAGAAAAGGGGCGGGAUUUAGAGGCACGACUCAUAGAAGCUUACAUUAUCCAAUGUCAAGCUGAAGCUCAAGAAGUAACAAUUGCUCGAGCAAUUGAACUGAAACAUGCUCCUGGACUAAUUGCUGCCCUGGCAUAUGAAACAGCCAAUUUCUAUCAAAAAGCUGAUCAUGCUUUAUCCAGUUUGGAGCCUGCAUACUCUGCUAAAUGGAGAAAAUAUCUUCACUUGAAAAUGUGUUUCUACACAGCUUAUGCUUAUUGUUAUCAUGGUCAGACUUUGUUGGCUAGUGAUAAAUGUGGUGAAGCAAUCAGGUCUCUUCAAGAGGCAGAAAAAUUUUAUGCAAAGGCAGAAGCAUUAUGCAAAGAAUAUGGAGAAACCAAAGGCCCUGGACCAACAGUCAAACCUUCAGGACACUUGUUCUUUAGGAAACUUGGAAAUGUUGUGAAGAACACCCUUGAAAAAUGUCAGAGAGAAAAUGGAUUUAUCUACUUUCAAAAAGUUCCAACAGAAGCCCCACAACUGGAACUCAAAGCAAAUUAUGGUCUCGUAGAACCUGUACCUUUUGAAUUUCCUCCUACAAGCGUGCACUGGACACCAGAAACGUUGGCUGCUUUUGAUCUCACCCAAAGACCCAAGGAUGACAGUGCUAAACCCAAACCAGAAGAAGUGGUGAAACCUGUGAAAGAACCAGAUAUCAAACCUCAAAAGGACACUGGGUGCUACAUCUCCUAAAAUACAUUGAUAGAGUGUGCACUUUGAAUUUUCUUCCAGAUAAGAUAAACCAUGGAACUUCAUCCUUCUUGAAAUGAUUUCUCUGAAGCCUAUAGAUAAGUUAGUACAUUCAGAGGGAAUCUGCCUUCAGUUUAUUUGUUCUUGAUUUUUAACACAGUGGAAGUGUUUCAUGCUUUGUUUCCAAACUCCUUUUUAAUCAGGACAGCCUGUGAAAAAUUUUUAUUGUGCUUCUGAAGGGCAUAUUUGGGGGUUGGGUUUUUCUUCCUGAACUCUGGGUAGUAGUAAGUUUCAGGUUAAUACACUAUAGACCAGAAUCAUGUGGUUUCAGGUGUGUUUUUCUACACACAAAAAAGUUUAUUUUCCUUCCUCUUAUUUGAUACCAGAAGAAUGAUAGGAGUCAGUUUUUAACAGUUAACAGGAGUCCGUUUUUAAUAGUUUUAACGUUAUGUCAGUUGUAGCACAGACUUGUUACCUUCUGUGUCAGUUACCUUUCCUGGUUGGGGAAAAAAAAAUCACUUUUAGUUAUUAAAGAUCAAAAAAUCUUCAUACCAAAUCCCUUAUACAUGUUAGAAUCUAUAAUUUACUCCCAAAUCAGUGUUUAUAGGUAUGUUGAGACCAUUUAAGAGCUUACUCUUAUGCUGAUAGCCCUGUACUUCAUUUCAGUCUCAGUAAGUAAACCUACAAUAUUUUUUAAAGUACUUUUUUCUAAUGGAUUUUUUACUUAGGGGACAGAACUUGGUAACAGCUCUUAGUGUUUGUGUGAGAAGACAGUGAAAAUGUUUUUGCAGAAGUCAAAUAAUGCAUGAUGUAAAGAAAGAACUUUAAGCCUAAACAAGAUCAUUUGUCCUGAAUUACACUGGUAAAUCUCUACUACUUUGUUACAGAAGGUAGAGUAAAAUGCCUUUGUUACCUGAUUUCAGUGUACAUGGUUUUUAUAUAGUUUUCUAAUACACUUAUCCUGUCAGAAUUGUAUUGCUUUAGGCCAAAGGCCAUAGCAGAAACUUAGAGAGCAAACAGGUACAGUAUAUCUUAAAAAUGCCUUGUAGUAUUUGAAAUAGUUCAGUAUAUACACAAACCUGGGAAAUAGUGGAUACAUAAUACUUUAACAAAAAAAAUCACACAUGGAGGUUUAUCUUCUUUUGAUUACUCUCCUGGGGCAUCACCUAAUUUUCUCUUAUAAAUGACAGAUUGGUUCAAAUAAUAGAAGUCGUAAUAGUAGGAUAUGUUGAGAGCUUACUCUGUGCCAGGCACUGUGCUGAGCACUUG